CCCAGUAAAACGAAUCAGUUUGUGCCUUGGUUGAUUCCCGAACUCGUCCUCUCAUAUCUUGUUCUUCAAGAGUUGGGAAACUUUUUUUGUGUCCUAUCCCUUCUGGACUUAAGUGUAAACCAUUUCUUGAUAUUUUCUUCCAAUUUGGAAACUACAAAUCAGAACAAAAUGCAGACAUUCUUGUUCUCAUGUGUCUUUAUGGCAUGCCUUGCCUGUUUCCAGGCAUCCCCUUUCGAUAACUUUGGUAACUUUGGUGCCUACGGAGACAUGAACGACCAAAUGGACACACCCGAUGCGAUGGGCAACGCAUAUGGAGGCGAUAUCAACGAGUUCGGAGACACCCCUGACACACCCGACAUGGUCGAUACCCCGGAUGCAGCUGACUUCGAUAUCUUUGCCAUGGCUGCCGCCGCUGCUGGCCAGGCGGCCGGUCAACAAGCAGCCGGUGGCGACUCGGGCGAUUACGACAGCGGUGAGGCGGCAUAUAACGGCAUGGGUGGUGGCGGUUUGGGCUACGGAAACUACGGCGGCAUGGGUGCUGGUAUGGGCGGCGGCGGCAACGGUGUCGGGCUCGGCGGUGGCGCAAACUACAACGGCAUGGGUGGCAUGGGCGGUUUCAUCGGCAACCCAGCCUACGGUUAUGACCACAACGACAUGUUCGAGAACGACCCCGGUAUGCUCAACGCUCGACGCUCAUCCAAGGGACGUGGUGUUGGAAUUGCAAUCGCCACCAUCGGCUUGGUCGUCGGGGCAGCCACCAUCGCCAUCGUCAUCAUCCGAAAACAGAGGCAGAAUAACAUGCAGAGUUUAUAAGUGAUAUAGACUUGCAGUGUGUGUGUGUUACACACAUCGGACAAUACUGACUCUUUAUUUUUGUACGAACAUAUUAUUAUACAUGUUAUAGAUAGCCUGAAAGUUAUAUCGUCAUCGCAACUGUCUUGUAAACCUGCUACAAACAAUCAAAUAUUCAUUUUUACGAAAUAUGCAAAACUUCUUUCCAAGAGGAGGAAUUGAUGAAUGAGAAGAAGUGAAUGUAUCAACUUAAAAGAAAGUAUAGGGAAUGAACUCUAAUCUGCUAAAUACCAAGAAAAUUAGUAUUUAACCAUCCCUGUCUGCUGGUCGGCUAUCAUCUAGUCCUUUGACUUCCUCGAUUAUUACAAAGUAGUAAAGCCCAUCUCAUCUUUCUACACGCCUCUGAUCGUGCUACGAACUUUGAGAGAAAGGAAUUUAGACGAUAGUCGAUGGACAUUCUUCUUACUUUCUAUUUAUCGUCUGAAAUUAAGUAACUCAUUAUAAUCAUUAACCGCUCAAAUAUCAAAAGUCACCAGCGCAUUACUUUUAGGGUAUAUAUCUUUCAUCAAUCCAACAAUCACUUUGUUUUUGGUUUUUUUUAAUUUCCCUUUCAACAAUCAUUGUGUGUUAUCACGAUGACACAAUCUAUAAAUGUGUAUUCAUUGGUCAAAUGGUAUGACCUUUUUUGUAUAUUUUGAAAUAUAAUCUGAUGUAUGAUUUGAAUAAAUCCAUAUUUGGGUGAAUUUUUGUUAUUGUGUAAGCAAAUGACGCCAUGAACCCAAUCAUUCUUUCUUAAGAAAAUACAUAUGU